CUAUACAUACGAGUGGCCAUUUUUCUUAAAAAGUGGGAAGUGGGGAAGGGAAAAAAGGUGAAUACAUGUCAAAUAUUUCAAGGCUGCGGUGUGAUGAUUUCAAUUUUAAUAAACGUGAUAACGAUUGUAUCAAAUAAACCAUUUUGACAUUCUGUUGGACGGUGCGUCCUUUCGGCAUUUUUAAUGAUAAGUUCGCACAAAAAAAGAUCGACCGCCGAAAGUUCAUAACAAAGGUUGGUCUAUCGGGAAUUAAGAUGGGUUAUUAUUGUACCGUGCCACAAUGCACCUCGCUCGCCGGCAAGACGAAGAACGUGAAGUUCCACCGUUUUCCUCGUGAUGUGAUAAUGGCAGACAAGUGGAAUUUAAUACUGAAACGCGGCAAGCCGUACACGAAAUACUCAAAAGUAUGCAGUCUGCAUUUCACCCAAGCUGACUACAACGUCACAACAAUGGGUAAGAAUAAAGGUCAAUGGAAAACCUUGUCGAAGGACGCGGUUCCGUCACAGAACCUGCCCAAGUUGAACCCCGACGGCACAGUGAUGGUCAUAAGGAAGAGUCGCACGAUGAAAUACAAGGAGAGCAAAAAGGAAGAUCACAGUAUCGGUGAUAAAGUAGAGAAAUGGUCAAAUGUAAGUCAAACUACAUUGUCGCUGACCGGGGACGGUCUGCCGCCAGAACAACAAGACAACAACCUAGUAUAUCGUCUACAAGCGUUAAAUUCAAUGGCGAACAACAUGACACAGCCGCAGAGCAUACCACAGAACCAGGCACAGAGUCAAAUGAAGCCGAAGAAACAGGACGCGAUUAUGCAAACCGACCCGGUGCUCUCCGAGGAAGACGAGAACCCGCAGAACUACAGCGAAUCUGAGAAGUCGAUGAACCAGGAGAUGGAUUACAGUCAGUUCAAGGAGUCGUACGACCCCGAGCUGAACAAAUACGACAUGCCCAAGGACUUCUCCAAGCUAGCCGAUGACUACAUCCCUCAGACGAACGAGGAGUACAACAAGGAGGCCGAGAAGUAUGCCCUCGAAAGGAAGUCACACAACAGCUACGAAAAAAUCGAUUACCAGAAGUCGGUGCUCGAGAACGGCUACCCGAAGAUACAGGACGUAUACAGCGGCUACAUAGACAAGGAGUAUCAGAACAGACCGGACUUCGUGUACCAGAGCCCGUACCCGGACAGCGUCGAGAUACUGCGGAACCAGCAGCACAACCUGCAGAUAUUGCAGGAGCAGCACAGGAUCAACGAGAACCAGAACUUCUUCAACGAGAACCAUAUAAAGCAGGAAAUCGACUUCGGCAACGACGAGGAGAAGUUCCUUUAUGAACAGAAUAAAGACCAAAUUGACCAAAACGCUAUGUACGAUAGUCAAAGGCGAGUCAUCGAUCAACAGAGGAUCCUGGAACAGAUACAGCAGCAAGUGAAGCAGGAACCGGAAACUCCCAGCGGCUGCGACGGCGCGCUGCAGCCGCAGAGCAGCCCGUACUUCCCCCCCGCGGGGGGCGCGGCGGGCGCGGAGGGCUGCGCGCGCCCGGGCCCCGAGCUGCUCAUCGCCAAGCAGAACGCGCUCGCCGCGCACACGCAGCUCUGGCAAAACACAAUGAAACGGCCGUUCUUUUACAGCGAGAGUCCGCACUACAACUCAUCUCAGCUCCUGCAUCGAUACGAGGUGAGGAAUGAUGAUUUAAGCAGAAUUCUACAGUGAUGAGAGACAUUCCAAAGUUGAUGAUGAAAAUAAAUAAUAUAAUUGAGUAAAAUUAUUAUUUUGUAAGCGACGAUAAUCUCUCGGUGUUUUUUUUUUUUUAAAGUUUAUUUUUAAUUUUUAUAUACAUAUAUAUUAUGUAUAAAUUGUAAAUAAAUUUUAUUUUAUAUCAUAUAUUGUAUUAUAUGACAUUUAAAGCGAACACAUUUUACGGUUUUAACGUUAAUUUUGGCGGCAAUUUUGACAUUGAUGUUUUUUUUUUUAAUUUAAUAGCGCAUUUUAAAGUUCUCUUUUUUUUUAAAUAAGUUAUGUAUUUAAUGCCAUUACAUAUAUAAUAUUAUGGCAGCUUAUAAUAAUCACAGUUUUCAGUAAUGAUAAGUACAUUUUUAUUGUAAUAUUUUAGUACAAAAAUGAUUAUUAUUUUAAUUUAUUUAUAUAUCUAGUGAAAACUUUAACAUGCGCUGUUAAAUUGUGCGCACGAAUCUGCGCUCGUUUGAAAAAUGUGAAUGCUUUAUCGAAUUCGAAUAUAUUUUUUAUGCGAUCGAGCAAUACGUGUGAAGGUUGUUGCCGUAUUCUUUUCAAGAUUUUAUUUUCAUUCACAUAUAUAUAUAUAUAUAUUAAUAUUUCAAAAAUCUGAUUGUUUUUAUUUUAUAGGAUUAUGUAUAGAUUUGUUUUAUAUUUUAUUUUAUAUAAUUUUAACAUUAUUUAUACAAUAUAGUACAGUAUAGUUACCAUUUCGAAAUCGCAUUUUUAUGCGUCGUCCUCGACACAGGUCUCCGCGGUUGCGUGAAUACUCUUUGAGAUUGCUGUGUCGGUUUCGAUGAAGCUCUAUAAUCAAGUGUAAACGGUUAGGAAAGUGAUAUUUUAUCGAAUUUACGUGGCAAUUAUAAGUAAAUGGAAGUUUAGUGUAAGUCUUAAUUUUUUUUCGUCACAAUUGGAUAUAAAUGUUUUUUUUUUUUGAUAAACCUAGACUUAGAUCUUGCCAAAGUUUUUUUUUAACGUUGCACAAGACAUACUCUGGCUCUACUCCAGAUGUUUUUUUUUUUUUAAAGUUUCUUCGGAAUCUGGGAUUUUAGAGAACUGUCAAAAUGUUUGAAGAAAUAUUUUGUUUUGAUCGGAAUUUGUACAAAGUUGACAAGUAAAUGUAGAAUAACCGCCUCGUUUGUAAAGAUAUGAUUCGGAUUUAUUUUUAAACUAAGGGUUUCGACGGUUGCGUGUUCGGUAAUAUUUCGGAUGUUUCGAAUGCAUUUUAAUUGUUGAUUUUGUUUACGUAUUGUAUAAUUUAUAUAUUGGAACGAUCUGUAAGGGUACGUCCACACAGCGGUCCGUUUUAUCUGAUACGUUUUUAUUCCUCACGAUUUUCACGAGAGUAUUCCAGAUCAAGUAAUAAAUAGCGAUCAGAUAAAUAUAAAGUCGUUUGUGGUCUCUCAGACAGUUAUAAAAAUGUCUAUAAAUACGGGCGGUCUGUGUGAAUGUGCCCUAAUGUCAGAUGCAGAUUGUGUUGUCAGCAUUCCCUUCGACAGUAUCUAGACGUGUGACGGACGACGUCUACUGUUUUAAAUUAUUUAUAGUAUUUCAGAAUAAGUAUUGUACAUCGGCAAACAAGUCGAAUCAAAGUUUAAUCGCAAAUAAAACUUGGAACGAAGUGUCCGGCGGUUCUGAGAACAGCGAUGGUGGUCAGCCGGUGUGGGCGAAUUAGCAAACGAAUAAAUCAUAUGCGACUGCCUGUUGCCUCGUCGUGUUGGGUUUUCAAUUUUCGUUCGAGCAACUCUAUUUGAUGCCGCCUUAUGCGGUUUCGAUGCAUAAUACUAAUUCUCAAGUACUGUAUGACUGUAUUAUAUAUAUUUUGAAAUCAAUUUGGUAAAUCGGCGUCGUAAUAUACUAACAUUUAUAUUAUAUAUAUGUUAUUUAGUUGUUUCGUCGUCUCGUUCGUGCGCGAAAAGAUAAUCUUUUGUAUGUAAUGUUAAGGAUAUAGUUUUUCUUUUUGGUGCUCUUUUAAAUAUUUUUAUUUCCGAAAUGUUCUUGCAUUUUCAUAGGACCAUAUGAGUACAAUAUAUUUUUUAAAAUAAUAAUUCGUAUUCGUGACGCACACGUAGAGGAAACGCUAGUUUUUCGUCGAAAUUUUUUUUUGUUAGUGUUAAAGAAUUAUUUACUUAGUGUUUAAGAUUAGAUCGCGGGGAGGAGGGAGGGGGAGCGCGCGCAAUUUUUUGUUUUUUCGGAUUUUUGAUAUCAAAAUUGUGAUGUAUAAAUCGGAUAUUUAUAUGAGAGUAAUUAUAAAAAAGAUUAUAUUUUUUAUCUGUGCGCUCUUUUAGACCAAAGCUGUGAAUUAAUGUAAAGAACGUUAAGAGUGAUUCGAUUGUAUAGUUUUACUUGAGUAAAGGAAUUGUUCACUCACGAGACGAAUUUAUGAUAAAUACCUACUCGGAUAAGGUGUUCCUGGGCAACCUACCUUCCUUUUAAGUUGGCACUUAGAUUCGUCAAAUAUUGUCUUUAUAACUUGAUGAUAUUAUAAUUAAUAAAAUUUAACUCGGUGUGUACGGUCAGCACAAAAAAAUAUCUUUGGUGUGUGCGCACACACCGACAAGGGUUUCGACGUGAUUUUGCGUUAUACGCCUUAUUUAUGAAAUAAAGGAAAUUUAUAUGAUCAAAUGGGUCUAUACACAUUGUCGCGGCCUCUCAAAGUAUUUAUGCUAAGUGGAGUGCCGCCAUAAAUCACAAAAUUUGUUUUCAUUAAUUUCAAUUUUUAGCCAAAAGGAAUAUUAUUUACACUUUUAAUAAUAAAAACCUCGUUUUAUAAGAAACGCCCGUUGCCUGCGAACAUCUGUUUAUAAUAAUAUACUUUUCUUGUUAUUUUUUAAAUUAAAAGUAAAACUAUAUCAUCGGAGGUGCAUUAUAGUUUUUUUGUGAACGUCCCAAAAAUUUUUGUUUUAAUUUUAUGUUAUAUUUCCUCGUGAACGUUUUCAAGGGUACUUAACUAUCGUGUACUGUGAAGCCGAUUUCUUUGUCUACAUUUUUGGAAUUUUCACAAAGAAAGGUAAAUACAACAAAUCUUUAGUGUUUAAGGAAGAGAUGUUAAUUGCUAGAAACAACAUUUUGUUUAUAUAUUUUUUACAGCAGUGGCCAUUUCAAAUAAAAUAAGUGGAAAAUCA